GUGUGCGUGCGCGAGCGACCGAACGAGCGAGCUUAACGACACGCGUUCGGGCGCGUCAAGAGAUGCCAUGUGGCGGAGGGACCGACAACUACCCAAGAGGAUGCCCAAGUCUUCACUCUGAUCUCUGACUACGAGGUUUUCGGAUCUGUCCGCGUCUGGUACGUCGACCGGCUCGGAUAACCGCGCGGAAGUUUCUCUCCCCGUCCACGAGACUCUCGCGACAUUGGGAUGGAGUGAUCUUCUUCCAAAAUACAUAUAUCUUGUCUUCUCGAUUAGUUGAAGAGUGCGGCUUGUUUCUCUCGCGCGAUCUUUAUAGAUCGCAAGACGAAAGUGCGCUCGCGCCGUACAUCUCGAGUUACGCGCAUCAUCGAUUGGCGCGAAGCGUUUUGACUCUGAUCGUGUUUCGUAAGUUUUGUAAAGUUCUUCUCGGCCUUUUAUCUCGAUCCACGACUGAAUAAAUCCGAGCUGCGCCGGUCAUCGUGUAUGCAAAAAUCGCCGCAAGGUCGAAAAGAGGCGAGCAGUAGAGUGAGUUGAGCAACUUAAACAACGAGUGACGCGCGAGGGUGGAAUCUUAGUGGUUUUAGCGAAUCAGAGCGGAAAAUCCCGCACUUUGGAUGGAAUUGGCCAGGCGCCUUGGACUCGGUAAAGUUAACGGGGAAGUUAAAGGAGAAGUUAACACCGACCAUCGUGUGCGUUCGUGUCCUCGCCGGGAUUAGUGAUUCAUCAUCCGUUCUAAAGAGAAGAAGAGAAAAGUAAAUUAGUCGCCAUCGUCGCGAGGAAGAGCAGAGAGAAAGACGCUGUCGCGAUUUGACGACAGGCACCUUCGUCGGCGUCGGUCACCUCUGUCUUCAGAUCGACUAACUUUUGAUUGCAUUACGACCCGGACUGUCAUCUGGAUAGAUCGUAUCUUCGCCCAUAGCGAAUUUCUAUUCAAAUCUUCCCCCAAUAGUUGAAGUAUACACAGCCGAGGAAAUCGGACAAGUGGUUUGUUUGAUGGAGAACGCAAUGAUCAAGACGCAGGUGAUGUCACCCGUGGGAAAAUUGAAUUAAGCUACGCGCGAUUUCGCAGACCGUUUCACGUCAGUCCGUGAUGAGUUCGCGCGAGAGUGAACACGCGGACGGAUCGGUGCGCUUCGAGGCCUGCCUCGAGUGAUCGAGUACAACCGUGACCGUCGCACGCUUUCGCCGACGACGAAUCGCGUCGUGAGAUGAUGACCUUCGUGACGGACACGGUGCCCUACGCCUACGAAGCGGUCACAAGGUCGGCCUACGACGGUUACCGUCACCAUUUGCAUCACCAUCAUCACCACCAUCAUCAUCCUCAUCAUCCCCAUCGAUAUCGGCGCGUUUAUACGCCGACCGAAUCCGAGUAUCUGCAGGGAUACGUCACCAGGAGGGACACGGACGACCGCGCGAGGAUUAUCGGCGUUAACAACGCUUUGGCGUCGGCCGGCUCGUUGAAUUAUCGCAACGACCGAGUCAGGUCGCAGUCUCGAUACACCCUCGAUUCGGAUGACGCCUCGUCAGUGAUAUCGGCGGACGCAUCGGCCGAUCUCGAGUCCGGCUCCGCGGACGCCGACGAGACCAACGAGAUCAGCGAGGCCAACGAAACCAACGAGACGAGCGAAGCGAACGAGGGCGAGUCGAUCGAGCAUGUGCCCCAUCCUCACGUUUUGGACGCCGGCUCGCCCCAUGGGCCGCGCAGGUGUCUUCUGUGGGCCUGCAAGGCCUGCAAGAAGAAGACGGUCACCGUCGAUCGAAGGAAAGCAGCCACCUUGCGCGAGAGACGGCGCUUGAGAAAGGUCAACGAGGCCUUUGAGGUACUCAAGAGGAGAACGAGCAACAACCCCAACCAACGUUUACCGAAAGUGGAGAUAUUGCGGAACGCUAUCGAGUAUAUCGAGAGUCUCGAGGCGCUGCUGCAAGGAAAUAGACCUUCCGGACAUCAGGAUCACCCUUCCGCUGAGAACAUAAAUGGAGAGUCGCCGCAGUACGUGACGGACAGACUUCGGCAAUUCUCGGAUCCUUUGGCAAGGUUUCAACCAAUUAACGGUGAGUGGUAUUACUUGCGUUCUACCCUGCGUACGGUUGCUUACAAAUUUAGGCUCUCGGGGGAAAGUACUUAA